AUGAACGAGAAAUGGCGAGAAAUGCUGCAAAGUUCGAUCUACCACGAACGUCUAUUUGCAGUAGUUACUGACGAGGCACAUGUCAUUCCAAAAUGGUAAGAUCUAUUGAUAGUUAAAUAUUGCUAUAAAUCAGUGAAAUCCAGGGAUGGCAAAUAUGUUUAUUAUCAAUUUUAUUAUUGUCUUUUAUUAUUAAAAUAAGAUUGGAAAUGAGGCUAAAUUCAAAAUGACUUUAAUUUUCUUAAAUAAUAAAAAUAUUAUUGUUAUUAUUAUUUAUAUUUGCCUAUUUACUUAAUAAAAUAAUAAAAAUUACACUACAUAUACAAUCACAUAUAUGACAACAUAAUUUAUAUGGACAUCAUAUAAAUUCAGGGACGCCGGAACGAUGUCAAGGCAAGGGGAGCAGAUUUUCGCCAAAGGGCACUUCUGAAUUGAUAUAUACUAAGAGAUGUUUGCAAAACAUCGGGAUUUGAACUUUUCCUAAUCAUGUUUUCUAUUUAUUGAAUGAUAGGGGUGUGAGGGGGUUCUCGGCCAGGCGAUUGUGCUAUUCUUGAAGCUUGAUGACUGCAUUUCUUGCGUUUUCUGAAGCAAAUUCGCAAAAGAACUAACAUUUCUGGCAAUCGCUAUUUCGCCAAGGCAAUCCUUUAAAUUGAAAGGGCACCUCUGCCCCCCCCCUUACCCCUCCUGGUAUAGGGGAACGGGGUUCGCUGCCCCUCCUCCCCCCCAGUUCCGGCGUCCCUGUAUAAAUUCAUGUUAUUAAUGUUGAAGUUGUAUAUAGAUGAAUUUUAAAGGUUAUCCGAAAAUUGUCUUUAAUCGUCUUAGCUACCCAAGAUGAAAUGUCAGCCUUACCCUGGGUUGAACUCGAGCCCAUGGCUAAAAAGUUGUCAUGUGAUCAUUUUAUCCCAUGGAUGCAAAAGUUAUUUGAUUGAGGAAUUUUUACAUUUUGUUCACAUAUUUCCCUUUGUUUUUUUUCCAUAUGUUACCUGAUACUCUAGCACAUGCAUUAACCCUGGUGCUGAAUUUGUCAAUUUGUUGAAUUUUAUUUAAGAUGGGCUGAAUUCAACCCCCGGGUUGAAAAUGCAUUUUGUAAUUGGCCCUUUAAACUAGUCACAAUUAUUGGUAAUUCCCAUUGUCAGUGGUCAUUGGUGUAUGCUUUGUCUGUCAUAAAAGAAUACAAUGGAUUGCCAAUGAAUUGCUACUAUUUGUUAAUUAACCCGACUUCAACAUCAGGAUUUCAGCUUGCAUGUUUGCAAACAUUAUUUCAAGGAUUGGUGUAUGUUCACACCUGACAUUCUACAUGUUCCAAAAAUAUUGUAUUCCUGAUCCACUAUAGAUUAAAGAUAAGUGGGAACAAUGCCAGCUAAUAUGUUAAUGCUAUCAGUCAAAAUCAGACUAACCUUAUGGAAUUUAAUCAAUAUUGUCAAAAUGUUGCCAUUAUGACCCAUAUGGUGUGGAUUAGAACCAUUUUGAGCAAGCCCUUUCUUUGGUGUGCCAAUGUUCUCCACUUUUGAAAGUGGAUAUAAAUUAAUAUUUUAUGAUGGGUAUUAUUCAAAAUACAACAUUGAUGAACAUGCAGGAUGUCUCAAUUAAGUUUGAAUGAAUGAAUUUAAAGGUCAAUAAAAAAUAAGCAAAUUGAAAUUCUAUGUAUAUGUAUAGUAUUGAGUUUGCUUUUAUUCUUCAGGGGAUUUGGUAACUCUAAGGAAAAGCUGAUAGCUUUUCGUGAAUGCUUUGGUCGUCUUGGAGAGUUAAGAUCACUAAUUCCUGAUUGCACACCAAUACUUGCACUUACUGCAACGGCUGCGCAGAAAACAAAAGAGGAAAUAGUUACAUCAUUGAGUUUCAGAACUGACCACUAUGAAAUCAUAGUGAGUCCUGACCGCCCGAAAAUUUAUUUGUACAGAGCUAAAGUGAGUGAUAACCUCUUGAAGUCCUUUGAUUGGCUCCUCGGCAUGCUGCAAUCAGAAUGUGAUUUAUGUCCUAAGACUCUGGUAUAUUGUAAGUCAAUUAAAGAUUGCGGUCAAUUAUUCACAUUUUUUAAUAAUCAUUUAGGAACAUUAGCUUAUGCAAAUGGUGCUGAAAAAAAUUCAAAAAACAUGUUGAUUGGAAUGUACCAUCAUAACACAAUUGAUAAAAACAAGAAAAUAGUUACUUCGUCACUUUACAAUCCUAAUGGGAAAUGCAGAGUUAUUUUUUGCACCAAUGCAUUAGGGAUGGGUAUUAAUUUCCCUGACAUCAGGUACAGUAUGUUCUACAUUAUGGUCUCCCACGAAAUGUAGAGGACUUCCUUCAAGAAAUUGAACGAGGUGGUCGUGAUGGAAAAUCUGCCAUGGCUAUUCUCCUCUUCCGAGGAAAGCAUCUCAGAAAAUGUGACACAUCCAUAAAGAAUUAUUCCAAUGGUGAUAACGUUGAAUGUCUGCGAACCCAUAUUUUAUCAGAGUUUUUUCAGAUUAAACAUGAUUCUGUAAGACAUGACUGCUGCCUUUUAUGCCAUGAGAAGUGCCACUGUAAUGGAGAUAACCCAUGUGAUAAACAGAUCCCCAUUAAUCUUCACAAGAAUCGUCCAGAAUCAAAUUCAAAAACAUUGUGGAAAAAACGAAAAGUAAUGGCAGAUGAGAUCAAACUUCUUGAAGAGUUGCUAAAUGAUUAUCAACAAAAGCUUAUCAGUUCAUGUCCUACUUGCUAAUGCACAACUGGAUUCAGCGACAACUUAAAGAAGUCUAUCCUGUCGAAGGCUAUAAAUACAUACUUGAUAUUGAGUAUGUUUUGCACAAUCUGUAUGUUUUUAAUGUGCAGCAUGCAAUAUUACCUACAUGUGUGCUGAAGUGUUCGGUGACUUUGAUGUGCAUAUUGAUGAGAAGUAUACCAAUAUGGCAAAAACAAGUCAAGCUGUUAGUGGUGACGGAUUUUAUGAUUUGGAUUUUGGAGGUAUCUAUGCUGAAUAUCACGAGGAAUCAGAAAGUAGUGAGUCUGAAUGUGAAUUUCCAUAA